UGCUGUAUAAUGAUGAUCCCAGUGUGCUUAUAAAGAGGUGGUGUGGACAGCUCACCACCGAGCUGUUCUUGCAGCCUUGGCCCUCAGCAGAGCAUCACUCCACCUCCUCAGCCAAGGUCUAUUUCUUGCCUGCAUCCUGGUGCAGCCAUGCUGACUACAGCAGCACGGCUCUCAGUCCUGUUCAGCCUCCUUGGCUUUGGGAAAUGCCAGAUGUUUCACAUGGGACCAUGCCCAGACCCAGCAGUUCAAGAAGACUUCGAUAUCAACCAGUAUUUGGGCAAAUGGUACGAGAUAGAGAAGCUGCCCUCAGGUUUCGAGAAAGGAAGCUGCAUCCAGGCAAAUUACUCAUUGAAGGAAAAUGGGAAGUUCAAGGUGAUCAACAAGGAGCUGCUCUCCAAUGGCAAAGUCAACGAGGUUGAAGGAGAAAUCAUGCACAUGGAUGUAAAGGAGCCGGCCAAGCUGGGUGUCCGCUUUAACUGGUUCAUGCCUUCAGCCCCUUACUGGGUCAUCUCCACUGACUAUGAAAACUACUCACUGGUUUACUCCUGCACCAAUAUUCUCUGGCUCUUCCACAUUGACUAUGCCUGGAUUUUAUCAAGAGCUCCAGACAUGCACCCAGAAACCGUGGAGCACCUGAAGAGUGUUCUCCAGUCCUACAAGAUCGACACUGAGAAAAUGAUGCCCACGGAUCAACUUAACUGCCCUUCUGAGAUGUAACUCUGGCAUGCAGUGACACAGCACCAGACCAGCGAUGAACUUUGUUGCUUUCUGUAUUAUCCAUUAGAAUUUCUCUAUGUAAGAGAGAAAUGUAAUAAUCCCUCGCUAACAGUAGUUUGCCAGCCUUGAGUUAUGCUUUGCUGUUGUUCUAUCACUCUUCCCCUUUUUUUCUCGCUCUGACUUUUGCAGGGUAACUGAUUCAAAGCUAAUGGGCGAAGAAAAGAAACUCUGAAGUGCAAACGUGCAGCUCUGCUAUUGCUGUGAGUCCUCCUCUAUGUGGACAGGAAAGGGUAUGAAACGUGAUGUACAAGUAUUAAUCCCACAAAAAAAACUUUCAUCGCACAGCCCCAGGUUUGUUUUCCGUUUUUGUCUUAAUGCUUCUGGGCUUGCUGUGAGUCUGUGGUGUCUGAGCUACACCGCAGGCACUGCCUUAUGAGGGGCAGCAUCCAAACACAGUGCAUCAGUCCUGCAGACCUGGAACUUAGGCUGCGGUCUCGAGUGUUUUCUGGUGCAGGCCUGCAAGCAUAUGUUGCUGCCACGUCAGCAGGCCUCCUGACUAGGAAUCAGAUUUGGCCCUUUGUAUUUAAAGUCUAAAAAUGUCCAGAAAUUCAGCAUUGCUCCAUCCCCAGUGUCUGUAUGUGUCCUCUCUCACCUCUAGUGAGGCUGGUCCUGCACACCCAAGGGGUCAGCUCUGAGAGUGCUCAUAAGCAGAUAGAAAGAGAUGAGGCUGCUCCACUGUUCUCUCUCCUGGAAGCUCUUCCCUGAAGAGACAUCUGCCUUAUGUCCUGCUUACCGCUUUUGUAUGCACUGAGUGCCCGCUGGCACUGCAUCUGCCCUGGCAGGUGUCCACCAGGCACCACAACAACUCUGCUUGAAUAGCACUGAUGCAGCUCAUUAAAAAUGAAAUUAAAACAUC